AUGGAGGUCAGAGAAAGGUCAUAUUCGAGAGGGGCUGAUGACAAGCUCAAGCCUACGACACGCAUCAACGAUGAAACGUGGGAAAAGUUCAAGCCUCUCCUCUGUGGCUUAUACAAGAAGUAUACCUUAAACAUAGUCAUGGACACCAUGGAGAAGAAGUACGGCAUCGUUCAGAGCAAGCGCCAAUAUGGCUAUCGUUUCGAGAAAUGGGGUGUAAAGAAGUACAAUGCUAGCGACAAGAAAACGACACUCAUAUCCACUGGUGCAUUCAAUGAGUCGAUCGACUUUGGUGAUAUCGACUUCGAUCAAGAAUCCAACGCUUUCGACCAACACACGAUGUUGGACCUUCGCGAUGGAGACACUCUAAUGGCCACAGCUGGGUCAGACGAUAUGGACUUUGAUGAACCAUCAGAUUGUCCAGAGCCUCUCAUCAAAUAUCCCUGGUCAACUGGAUCAGCCGAAGAAGCGAACAAGCUUGCCGCCGACUUCUGCGCUGCCAUGCUCGACGACUCGAACGCUUCCAAUCUAUAUUCAUACCUCCAUCAGUCUGUGGCAAACAGCGACCAAUCUUACUCAGAAACCAGAGAGUUUCUUGCUGUCUCUUGUGCUCGAGUUGCUGGUAAACCAGACAAUGCCAAUAACGCUAAGGAACUUCUUGCGCGCGAGUGGCCACAUGCCUUGACGACUGGAAAUUCCGACUCUCCAUUUCUUCUGUCAAUGCUAAAAGCAUAUGUAGGAAGCCAUAAAGACGACACGGACAGGUCAACUUUCGUUCAUCAAGUCACGCAAAAUGUCGAACAGCUACUCACCGCCGACCGAUCACUUCCAGAUAUGACGCAUAAGUAUUCAUCUAUCGAUCUCGUGACGUUUUUCUUCCUCAACUAUGCUUUCGAUAUCUACGAUGAUUGCUUUGACCAGGCAAAUCCCCCAGACUUCAUGACAGAGCACCUACUGCACGAGUUCAUCAAGAAGCAGCCUUUUAUAAAAACACUCCGCCUCAAUCGUCCCUCGCCUCUGCGCCGUUGUGUUGAGUGGUGCGAGGAGCAACUACGCCUAAACCACCCGGUGGCUUUACAGGAUUCUCCAGUCAAGCCCAGCGCAAACAUGAGUUCUUGGUGGCACAAUAUUCGAGUUUUUUGCACUCUUUGGGGGGUCAUGGUACAACUGGUGCGGGCAAAUUGUGCCCCUGACUGGUAUGAUCAGUGCGAAUCAGCCUUCGGUAUAACUCCUUCGGAGCUCCUCGUAACUCUGUCUUGGAUGAUUUGUGAAACCACUGCUGCGGACGGUGUUGUUAAGGAGGCCAAGCUGCUUGAAAGCGUGGCUGAUGGUGCAAGCAAACUCCUUGACUUUGACGAGCCCAAGCUCUGGAUAACAUUUCUCUACAAGUUUGCUUGGAUGAACGAGUUAGUGAACCCGGGCGAAGAUGAGAAAUCCUUUGAGACUCUUGUCCAAAACCAACUUCGCCAACAUGUCUCUGAGGUGCUCAGAAUCCAGCUGCCAUACCCACCGGGCAGUCAACCCGACAGUGUCGCCGAAAUGGACUUCUAUAGCCUCCCGCAUCAAGAAUUUGCUGACUUUGGCGUUGACUCUCGAAUGAAUAACUUUUAUAACUAG